AUGUACGACAUCGAUCUCUGGGAUACGUCAAAAGCUACGAUCAACCAACUGAAAUCAGCAGGCAGAAAAGUCAUCUGUUAUUUUAGUGCUGGAAGUUACGAAGACUGGCGUCCGGACAAGACUCGUUUUCCUGCCUCUGUCCAAGGCAACAAGCUGGACGAUUGGGCUGGUGAAUGGUGGCUAGAUAUUCGUCGUCUAGACAUUCUGGGACCGAUCAUGCGCGAUCGCUUGGACCUGGCUAAGAACAAAAGUUGUGAUGGAGUCGAACCAGAUAAUAUCGAUGUUUAUACUCAAGUGAAUGGUGGAGGCUUCAGAAUAACCUAUCAAGAUCAGCUUACAUACAAUACUUGGCUAGCUCAAGAAGCUCAUGCUCGAGAUCUUUCCAUUGGUUUGAAGAACGAUCUCGAUCAAGUCAGAGAUCUCGUAUCUCAUUUCGACUGGGCCGUUAACGAGCAAUGUUGGGAGUACAAUGAAUGCAAUACACUUCAACCGUUCAUUACAGCAAACAAGGCGGUCUUCAAUUGUGAAUAUAAGACAUGCCCUAGUAUUGUUGCAAGUAUUGAUCAAUUAAUUCUUCGUAGUUAUCAUAAUGUUCGUUGUCUUCAUUUGAGUAAUUAA